UAACAUGUUUUUUGGAAUUAGAGUUCAUUUUUUGUUCCUGCUACAGGCUUUUGUUCUGGAUUAUUCAGUUGGAUACUAUGGCUUUGACAUUUGCUUCAGCGGUGAGCGAUGCGUCGCAUUGGACGACUGCCUUGAUUCGCAUAAAAUUUCUAUAUACAAUUAUAAUUUAAAGAGCAAAAUAUGUGAAAAAAAUAAGAUCUGCUGCCCGAAGCCAGGAAAUAUCCUGCCAGAUUAUAUGACCUGCGGACAAAGCUCACCACAAAACCGAGUGGCGUUCGGCGCAAAAGCUGAUAUGAACGAGUUCCCUUGGAUGGCCAUGCUCCUAUACCAGAAUACCACAACUUGGGAUCCGAGAUUUGUCUCCGUUUGUGGGGGCUCCCUGAUCAACAGCCGCUACGUCCUAACCGCAGCCCACUGUGUGGUCUCAGUAAAAUAUGUGCCAAAGGAUUUAUUGCUCAGGAAAGUGCGUCUGGGUGAGCAUGACACCUCAUCCAAUCCCGACUGGGUCCAGCUUGCUAAUGGAAAAUGGAUGAAAGCCCCCAGACAUCUCGAAAUCGAAGUAGAAGAGAUUGUUGUGCAUACAAAUUACAACUGGCAACUGGAAAACGACAUCGCCCUGCUGCGACUUGAAAUGCCAGUAAGCUAUACGAAUGAAAUCAGACCGAUUUGUGUCCCAACAAAACAUUUUUCCUUGAAAAACUCCUUAUUGCAAAUUGCGGGCUGGGGGCUCACGGAAAAUGGACAAUACAGUGAAGUACUCUUGAAGAGCACCAUUCUUGAAUCUCAUAAAUGUCCACACGAGUUUGAAUACUUCCGCGAAACAUCCCAAAUUUGUGCCGGGGGCCAGAGUAAAACGGACACUUGUACUGGCGAUUCCGGAGGUCCACUGAUGGCCAUCAGGGGACGCAGUUUCGAUGAAUACGUUUAUGUGGCCGGCAUCACUUCCUAUGGAAAUCAUGGUUGUGGAGUGAAUGUAAACCCGGGAAUUUACACAAAAACUGGAUUUUAUUUUAAAUGGAUAUGGGAGAAUCUGAAGGCUUAAACUUAUACUUUUAAACUGAUUUCAUCUCUAUAUAACUUUAAUUGAAUUUCAAUGUUAUUUCGAAUUGUUAU